AUGGAUUCCUCAUCACAGCAGAAGUCCUCUGCGAAUCUCUUUCAGGUGUACCUGCGCUUGCGACCGCCCCCAGCUGGCACGGCAUCGUCUGACCGAUUCCUGGACGUGGAAGAGUGCGAUGCAGACACCCAUCCCUCGCACAUCACACUCAAUCCGCCAAAUGAUCGCAAAAGGUCGACCGAGAAGUUCGCCUUCACCAGAGUGUUCGAGGAGGAUGCUACCCAGCUCGACGUCUUUCACUGCACAGGGGUCGCCUCGCUUGUCGAGGGCGUCUUAGCCCCCCACGGCGGUUAUGGUACCGAUGCUCUGAUCGCUACUCUGGGCGUAACCGGGUCUGGGAAGUCUCAUACCAUCCUCGGCUCGCGUUCGACGCGAGGCAUGACACAACUCGCCCUUGACGUUGUCUUCCGGUCCAUUGGCUCCAAUAUGUACGACUCUCCGAGUUUGGAGGGUUCUCUCCAAGCCUCCGAUGUCUCCGAUGCCACCAUAAUAUCGGCACCGUACUUCCUCGAGACCGUGUUUGCCGACUUCAGCUCAUCCCGUGGAGGAGGUUCAAGAGCCGGAACCCCAAUGCUUGUAGGAAAUCCCGUUCUUUCUUUCGAAACCCCUUUUCUACAUUCCCAACGCCGGAAGCAGCAGCAAGAAGUGCAGCCAGCGCUGGACUUGGGAGGUGUGCGCUUGGUACUGUCAACUCCAGACCGUCCGCAGCGCAAGCAUCGCGAUGGCUAUUCGACACCAGUGCCCGAAGAACUUCUUCAUCAUCAGAGUGAUGCGCCAAUGCAUUUCAUGACCAUGACCACUGCAUCCAAGACCAAGAACAUUGCUAAAACUCGAGCAAAGGGCGAAAACUACCCGACGCCGACCCCUCGACGAAUUCUUCAGCGACCAUCAGCACUUCCUUCAGCGCCCGAUAUCAGCUCCGUCAAUGUGUCGUCUGACCCCGAAUCCGACUACGCCGUUGUUCUUUCCAUGUACGAGGUAUACAACGACAAGAUCUAUGACCUUCUAACCCCCCCUAUCAAAUCCAAUGCGACGAAGGAGUAUCGGCGCCGCCCUCUGUUAUUCAAGUCAACUGAGCAAUCCGCGGACAGGAAAAUGGUUGCUGGUCUGAAGAAGAUUGCGUGCACCAACAUGAAGGAAGCCAUCAUGGUGUUAGAAGCCGGUUUACAUGAGCGACAAGUGGCUGGGACGGGUAGCAACAGCGUCUCAUCUCGAAGCCAUGGGUUCUUCUGUGUGGAGGUGAAGAAACGAGCCAAAGUCGGACGGAAUCGCGCUUGGGCUGGCAGCAAUUUGACAAUUGUCGAUCUCGCCGGCAGUGAGCGUGCUCGAGACGCGAAGACUCAAGGUGCCACUCUUGCUGAGGCUGGCAAGAUCAACGAGAGUCUCAUGUAUCUGGGGCAGUGUCUCCAGGCGCAAAGUGGUAUGGGCAACAGCAGCAAGCCCACCGUCAUGCCGUUCCGACAGUGCAAAAUGACCGAGCUACUUUUCUCCAAUUCCUUCUCUGCGACAUCUUCCGCAGGUGUUGUGCCUCGUCGAAAUGCUCAACGAGGAGUCAUGAUCGUGACUGCAGAUGCACACGGGGACGUCAAUGCCACUUCGCAGAUCCUCAGAUACAGUGCCUUGGCGAGAGAAGUCACGAUCCCUCGCAUCCCCAGCAUUACAUCGACCCUGCUGGCAGACACACCUGCACCCUCGCACCCAUCGUCGGGGAUGAGGUCCCCCGAUCUGCUUCCACAGCGAAGAGGCUAUUUCGCACACGGUUCAUCAGGUCACCGCAACUUUUCGCCAAGCUCCGACAAUGGAGACAGAGUUCUGAUGGAACACGCGGCACUAGAGAUCGCUCGGAUGCAGGAAGAGAUAACCAAUCUUCACAUUGAACUCGACAGUGAGCGUGAAGCCAGGGUAUCUGCCGAGGCACAUCUUCUCAGCAUGGAAGACAGGCUAUUAGAGCUGGAGCAGACGGUGCGUGAGGAUUGCAUGGCCGAAUUUGAUGCCCGAUUCGAGAUGGAGCUGGCUCGAUGGAAGGCAACACUGGCUGCUGAACAGGAGAAGGGUGAAGAGCACUGGGAUCGUAAGAUGGAGCUCUUUGAGAAAGGCCUCGGCGUCACCCUCGCGGAAGACGACAACGUCGGCGAGGACAAGGAAAACUUGUUGGUCGAGGAUCUCGAAGACGAGAACGAGAGACUUCGGCGGGAGAAUGAGAUCCUGAAACGCGAGCUUGCGGCGAGGAGUCCAACCAAGCGCAAGCCGCUUCGGGAACGAGACGACUUUGGAGGCCCCAAAGCCGGCGCCGGCCCCGCCGUCAGCAACCUAGGUCGGAAAAUGGAGCAGCUGCGUGUUAGUAACGAAGCCCCAGCCACCAAUGGAAAUACGGGGAGCCCGAAGAAGAUGAGGAAGCUCGCAACGAAGCGGUGGGAGACGGUUACGGAUGAUGAGUUUUGA